AUGCUACUGUCUAUGUGCAUUGUGCAAAUCCUCACAGCCACAGCCUUUGCUGCUUCAUGCUGGAGGGAUACGCCAUGUGCAGGCCCUUCUCGCACGUCAUUCCCGGGCCCGUGGGAGUCUAACAUAUUUGCCCCAGCGUCCCGGACACUCAUUCCAAAGUCUGUUCUUUCGCUGCCGCUCGGAGACAUUGUUUCGCAAUACAUAGCCGGUUCUAAUAUUUCCCUCCAGACCAAUGAUGGGCAAGGCGUGGUUUUUGACUUUGGCCUCGAGGUUGGAGGAAUUAUAACAAUUAACUACACGCUCCAUGGCCCUUCUGCAACUCUGGGGCUCGCAUUCACAGAAGGGAAGCAGUGGAUUGGCCGAAAGUCUGAUAAUUCCAAUGGCGGUUCUGGAGCAGAUGGUGCCUUAGUCACCAAUAUCACCUCUGCUGGCCGUGGAUCGUACGUUAUGAAUGAUACGCAUUUACGUGGCGGCUUCCGAUAUUUAACAGUAUUUUCUGAUGCUUUAGCUGGUACUACAAUUGAGAUAAAUGGUAUCAGUCUUGAACUCAGCUUCCAGCCGACAUGGUCAGACUUGAGAGCCUACCAGGGCUACUUUCACAGCAAUGAUGAGCCUCUCAAUAAGAUAUGGUACGCUGGCGCUUAUACACUACAGAGUAAUACAGCACCGGCUAAUACCUGUCGCCACACUACGAACCUCAAAAGCGGUUGGCUGAACGACGUAACCUGUGGCCCAGGGGAUACUGUUCUUCUUGAUGGAGCAAAACGUGAUAGAUGGGUCUGGAUAGGAGACAUGGGGGUUGCCGUGCCGAGCUCUUUUGUGAGCACUGGCGACAUGGAAAGCACAAAAAAUGCACUCCAGGUUAUCUGGAGCAAUCAGUUAACAAGCGGUGCCUUGCCCAAGGCAGGGCCCCCAUAUUUGAGUUCAGAUAGUGACACCUACCACAUGUGGACUAUGAUUGGUACAUAUAACUAUAUUUUGUAUACCAAGGACUAUGAAUUCCUCACACAGAACUGGCCUCGCUACCUAAAAGCCAUGAAAUUUGUCUAUGACAAGGUAACACCAGCAGGCAUCAUGAACGCCACAGGCCAGGGUGACUGGGGCAGAUGGACAUAUAAUACCGAAGCCAGCUCAGCAAGUAUGCUGCUUUACCGAACACUACGAACUGGCGCCGCUCUGACGUCUUGGGCACCUGAAUUACUGAAAACCAACAUCACAGCUGAAUACACCGAGAAGGCAGACAAUCUGCAGGUAGCAAUCAUGGAACAAUUCUGGAACGAUACGCGCGGUGCUUUCAAAGACAGCCCAUCAAAUAUAUCGCUAUACCCCCAAGAUGCAAAUAGCAUGGCAAUCGCGUUUUCGGUCGUCCCACCAAAGGGCAAUUACGCAAAACGCGUUUCGGACUACCUGGCGAAUAACUGGACCCCAAUCGGUCCCAUUUGCCCAGAGCUUCCCAAGAAUGUAUCGCCAUUUAUAUCUAGCAUUGAAGUAGAAGGCCAUUUCCAAGCCGGGAGACCAGAUAGAGCACUGGAGUUGAUGAGAACGCUUUGGGGCUGGUACCUCGGCAACCCGAAUGGCACAGAAUCGACUGUUAUCGAGGGUUAUCUGUUGGAUGGCACGUUUGGUUACCGCGGCGAUCGUGGAUAUCGCAACGAUCCCUCUUAUACAUCGCACGCCCAUGGCUGGAGCAGCGGCCCUACCUCUGCGCUCACGGAGUAUAUAGUUGGGUUGUCAGUCACCAAGCCUGGCGGGGAGGAAUGGGAGUUGACACCAGCCACAUUUACCCAUCUCUCGACAGCUGAGGCCGGAUUUACCACAAGCCUCGGCAAGUUUUUCGCGAAAUUCAAGGUUGAAAAGAAAAAAGUCACAGUUGUGUGGGAUACGCCGCAUGGCACCAAAGGCUGGGUCGCGCUUCCUGGCAAGAGACCCCAAUGGGUAAAAGGGGGGAAAGGCACCGUAGUUAUCCGGAUUGACUGAUAGAAUAUAAAGAUGCGCGUAUAUGUAGAGAUGGU